AAUUUUUCACCGCGAUAAUCCUCACCUUCAACUUGUCCAAUGUUUCAUUAUGCAACAGAUGCCGAAAACGUGACGUCGCUCCGUCCACCUUCAACGACCGACGUCACCGACGCCUCAGACGCCGACGCAGAAGAUAGGAAUGCGCAGAAUCCGGGAAAAGUCGACUUACCAGCGAAGGCGGAAAGUAGCGGCUGCAGCGAUGUCAGUCUAUCGCAGUCAGAGAGUAUGGAAAGUGAAAAACGACGAAAAAUCGACACGUCAGGAAAAAACAUGGAAGCAGAAGCGGCUACAAAGAUCCAAGCUGGGUUUAGGGGGUACCAGGUCAGAAAGCAACUGAAACUUAAGAACGGUUCUUCUGACAUGAACACAAGACGUCCCUCCCUUAAAUCAAAAACAGGUGGACCGCUGGAUACCAAAAACUCCAAAAACCAAUCCCAGAAACCAAAAGACAUAGAAGAACAAUCUGCAGUAAAAAUCCAAGCUGGCGUACGAGGAUUUUUAGUAAGACGAAGACAGAAGAAAGACGAUAGCCAGCACGCAUGAUACGAAGUAUCCUACAUCAACUAAACAUAUUCCCGAAGAAAAAUUACCUUAGGCCAUUUUGGUAGAGACAAUAAACACAAGUUGCUCCACAGUUUAAAAAGAAAAAAACUAUAUUUGUAUUAAUAAUUGUUGUAACUGUUGUACAUAAGAAGUAGAGGUGUGUCCUUUUUUAGGUAUUUAUGGUAGAAAUAUUACAUGAAAAAAUAUACUACUUCAUAGGUCUGUAACAAACAUUUUAGACAAUAAAUGAAGUCAAAUUUGCUCAAUAAACCAACAAAUAUUAAAAUUUAUCAGACAAAAGCUAAUAAACUAAACAAUAAAAUCGGAAAUAUGUACAUAAAAUUGAUUAAAGUGAUUAUACCCUGUUUAUUAUAAAUAGAUGGAAAUUAAUUUUGUAAGUAUAAUUCACAAACAUAAACUUACAAAUUUUAAUAUGUUAUAAUUGUAGGGGAGUUCAUUUUAUGCGGAUAAUACUUCCAUGCAUGAAUGUCAGUUGUACAUAAGUUGAAAUAUAUUUGUCUAGAUACUUCCAGAUAAUGCCGUAGACAGCAAAAAAUAGAAAUAACAAUUUUCAUUAUUAUCUGCUUGCAUGCAUUCUUUUUAAAUCAGGAGAUUUUAGGUUACGAGUAGAUUGUUGGCUUCAGAUUGUAUAUCCAUUAGAUGUCUUCUCAAAAAAUUAAAUAAUUUCUAAAAUAUCUACCCCACUAAACCACCGAGGCUGACAAGAAUAUUUUUGAGCACAGUAUGUAUCCUCGACAUGACAUAAUUAAUGAUAUUACCUUUUGUUUCACAUAAAAACUUGGUUAAAAUGCAACAGAACGAAACUGUGUUGUGUGGUGAAAGGCAAUGAAUGCUAAAUAUACCUAUAAUAUGGAAGAAAAAUAAAUGCUCUCUAUAAUAAGUUUAUUAAAGCUUCUAUUUAUAAUAAACACGGUUUACGUACUACAUUUGGUAAGUACGUAUUCGUACGUAAACAUAAAUUUGUAUUUUCUAAUAACUUCAUGCUAAAAUAGAAUUGAGCUUAGAUUUGUCAAAAUAUUUUUAAAUGGCCUAAUUCCUCGUAUUUCUAUGGGCGGUAAAAUAUUGGUUUUACACGAAAAAAGAUCUUGAUUAUAUAAAUUUUAUGAAUAAUUAUUAAAUAUUGGUUAUAUAGAAUAGAGCUCAUUCAAACUGAAGGGGGUUACAUUUUUUUUAAUGUAAAACAUAAUUUUUUAGAUAUGAUAUUUUUGUUUCUAUAAUAUCUAUAAAAUAAAUAUGAAAUAGCAAAGAUAGUUAUAACUAUAAAUGUUGGAUAAUAAAACAGAAACAAGACAAAUAAUCUUUGUAAAAAUAGCUCGAAACAGCAAUAAAAAAAUUUGGCGAUAAAUAAAGGGUUACAGAAAAUCCAAAGGAGCAGAAAUUGGAAAAAAAAAAGACAACAAAACAUAAACUAAGAAGUAAGAGGUGAUACAUAAAACUAACUGAAAUAUUCAUUUAAAUUUUUUGACGGAGACAAAAUGUGAAAUUAAUAUUAUAAGAGCGAAAAAAAGUAAAAAACGUUACUAAAAUUUAGUUCUCAUGACUAUUUAUUUGGUUAUCAUUGUACAAGAGAUUUUAUUUUUUUUUUUUUUGGCUUUGGCUUGAAACCUUUAGCCACGUAAUUAAGCACAAAACUUAACGUACUAAAAAUAAAGCAUUGAAAAAUUCAGAUACUACCUGCAUGCUACCUUCAAUUACAAAAUAUCGAUCCCGAUAUUUAAGUUAGAAUACAAAUUAAAUAAUCCAAAGUUUAGUAUAUAAUUUGGACUUUGUAAUUGGAAAUACAAGAUACUAAAUUGUUAAAACGUAAUAUGCAUUGUUUUGUUGUAUGGCGUAGAAACUUGUUUUGAGCGCAACAGAAUAUAUAUGUAUGUGAACUAAUCUAACAAACGAAAUCACCCAAAACUACCAUGAGUCGAGUACACCAGAUUCUGCUGUAUGUAGAUGGACAAACGCAAUAAAAAUUAAAAUAAUUACAAAACCCCAAAUAUAUUGCUACAGAACAAGAUUUUAUAAUUUUAUAUUACCUAAAAUCAUAAAACUCUGUGAACUUUAAUACCUAUUAAACAAUUUUGUAUCCAUCUUCAGUUUGAGUGACUAAGUAGCAACAAUUUUUAGUUCGUUCACAAAAAUUUAGCCCGUGAUACUCUAGCCGUAGGUUUUAAUGUAUUGUAAAGUAUUAUCAGAUUUUAGGGUAGUUACACGAAAUGUACUUUUUGUAGUAAAAAAUAUUUUAUAUUAUAGAAUUUUCACGAAAAUAUAGAAUUACGGAUUGUAUUGGUAGCUCUAAAUUAUUUAAGUUGUUAACAAGAGCCCAGUGUGUUAGUACGAGAAUGAAACAGUAUUUGGAAGUCAAUUUUUUUAGUAAAGAAUUCGUAUUUAGAUAAAUUUAGAUUGAUCAGUUUGUUGAAGGUUUUGGAAUGGUAUUAACAUUGUGAAUUUUUAAAAUUUGGUACACAAAUAUAACUGAAAAAAUA